AUGCAUUUCCCCCGACGAGCCGUGUCCGCGGCCGCCCAGCGGCUCGCUCCGCGCGCUCGGCUCAGCCUCCCCGGCACGCGAUUCACUUCCACCUCCACCUCCACAGACGCCGCCGCGGCGACAUCCAGGCUUCCACCCCCCGCGGCGACAUCCGGGUUUCCCCCCCCCGCGGCGACAUCCACGCCUCCCCCCCCCGCGGCGUCGUCGAAAUGGACGCCGCAAAAGUUCGCCAAGCCCGCCCCGGCCACCCGCAAGCCCAGCUUCUCGUCCGCCGCGCCCGCCGGAAACGCCCCCCCCCCGACGUACGAGCCCAAGACCAUCGCCCACCGGCAGCCCGCCGCCGCCGCCGAUGACGACGCAAGCCCGCCGCCCGCCGACGGCACCGUAGACUGGGCCACCAGCUUCCACGGCGUCGCGGCGAAGCCCGUCACCGAGGACCAGUUCCGCGCGCUCAUGCAGCCCGUCGACAUCAAGGACAUCGAGGUCAAGCCCGACGGGGUCAUCUACCUCCCCGAAAUCAAGUACCGGCGGCGGCUGAACGAGGCCUUUGGCCCCAUGGGCUGGGGCCUGAUCCCCAAGGGCAAGCCGGUCGUCGGCGACGCCAUGGUCACGCGCGAGUACGCCCUGAUUGUCGACGGACGAUUCGUCUCCCAGGCCCAGGGGGAGAACCCGUACUUUUCGGCCGACCAGCUGCCCAACGCCGUCGAGGGCUGCAAGUCCAACGCCCUGAUGCGGUGCUGCAAGGAUCUCGGCAUCGCGUCCGAGCUCUGGGACCCCCACUUUGUGCGCUGGUUCAAGAAGAGCCAGAUGGAGGAGGCCUGGGUCGAGCACGCCGUCACCAAGAAGAAGCGCACGCUGUGGUUUAGAAAGGGCCUCGUGGAGGUUGCGUACCCGUACAAGCUGGUCAACUAG